UUUUUAAAAUAAUAGAAAAUAUUUUUAUUUAAAUUUUUUAUAAUAUUAGUUAAAAUACAAUAGAUAUAUUUUAGUAUUUUUAUAAUUCCAAUUUAAUUUUUUAUUGAAUAAUUUUAUUUUUGUAUUUAUAUUGUUUUAAGAAAAAAGAAAAAAAGUAUCCUCCCGCAACCGUCCGCAACCGCAAACGCUCGCAACCGCAAACGCUAGCUGAAACCAUCUUUUGAGUUUAUGAGAUUUGGAGCGGUUCAAAGGGGUUUGAGCGAUUGUUGCAAAACGCCAACAACCGCUAGCAACUGCAAAAGCUGCGUUUGCGGGUGGUAGCGGAGAAACCAGUCAUAUCGUGACUGUAGAUAACUAUGUCAUUUUUUAAUUUAUUUUAAAAUAUAAUUAUAAAUAUAUUAAUAUUAAAAAUAAAAGAAAAUCCCAUGUUUAAAAACAUAGUAAAAUUUUAAAAUUCAAAUUAUUUAUUUUUCAUUUCACAUAAAAUAUAAUUUAAACCAAUUUUAUAACAAAUUAAAUUUUAAAUUUUAAAAACAAUAAUUUAAACAAAAUUAGAUUAUAUGUCAAUCACCCAUAAGUUCUCCCAUAAUUUCAACUUGCAGGCUCUGGUUUUAGCAGUUUUUGCGGGUUAUCAAGUUUUUAAUUGAUGAAUAUUUUUCAAACACAAACCGGAUUCAAAAAUAAAAACAACAAAUGACAUAUAAAUUUUAUAAUACAUGAACAAAUACUUAAAUUUAACAUAAAAUUACUUAUUUUUAAAUCUUUGGUUAAAACCCGAGUAAAUAUUUCAAAUAUCUCCAGUAUUUGAAGUAUUUUGGAUUACCGUUGCCGCUUUAAUGGGUUUUUGUACAAAACUCUGGAGCCACAAACUUAUUUUAAAUUAUGAUUAUAGUUUUCCGGUUGUAUCUAAAACUAAAUUUCUUGAAAUAAUACAGAAAAAUUGAAACAAAAAAUAUACCCGUCCUUUAAAGGACGGGUCAAAAUCUAGUUAAGGAUUAAAAAUUAAACGAGAGGAUGCAGUUAUUGAGUGAGGAGUAACCGUAAGCAGAGUAAAUAUAAAUUGAUACACGUUAACUAUAAAUGCCGGCCAAAAAUAACUUAAAAAGUGUCUGUUACUCUUAUAGUAAGAUAUGGUUCCAAACCAUACUUCCAUACUAAAAAUAACGCUGCCAAAAUUAUAGUAAGAUAUGUUGUUUUUCUAUUCUAUGAAAAUUAUUAUAUUUCAAAUGUCUAAUUUUCAUAUUUGUUUUUUUGGAUCAACUUUCAUACGUUUGUAUUGGCACUUAUUUACGGGUCUGGCAAUUUUCAAACCAAAACAAAUUAAUGCGUCAAUUAGUGUUUUUUGCUGAAUUUUGGCAAUGACUCUAAAUUUAAAAUAAUUUUAAUUAUUCCCUUAUAAUUAGGAAGGUCGUUUCAAAAAAAAAAAAAACUAAAACCAAGAGUAACCUCUCCUUUAUUUCCGCUCUAAAACCCUAAACCCUUUUCUUUCUCAUAUAAAUGCCUACGAGACAGUUAAGUAAACAACUUACAACAUUGAAGUCUACUUGAAUUAGAACAAAGACACGACAUUAUCCACUAUAACCAAAUCUCCAGGUCUUCGAUUCUCUCAGAUAUCCUCUCUUGUCUUUUCUUUUUUAUGUCUACUUUAUUAUUCUUUUAGAUACAAUCUUUUAGCUCGUUACUAGUUAUUAAAGCUUAAUUAGCUUAAUAAUCAUCUUUUUAAAACUAUUGUAACUCCUUCCUGAUUGCUUCACCUUCUUCUUUUCUACAGGUUUCAUCUUUUCAAUGUCAUCAAUGGAUUGUUUAAGCCACUUCUUUGACUGGGAUCAACCUAUCCAGCUCCAGGAUUGCUUCAUUCCCGAUGUGGAUAUAACUAUCCUCGAAACCGACAAUUUCUUCUUCCAAUCUCAACCGCAACUGCAGUUUCAACAGCCAUUGUUUCAAGAAGAAGCUCCUUUAGAGCUAACUGACUUGGACUAUUUCUGCGACCAGUUUCUUCCUCCCCAAGAAACCUGUCUGCCUUACCCUAAAAGUGAAAUCUUCAACGAAACACACGACCUAGAUUCGUUCCUCCCCGCGCCAAAACUCCAGAAACUGGUUAACUCAAGCUACCAUUGUAACCCUAAUUUCUUUAACUAUUACCAAGAACUUGAUUUAGCUCCAGAACCUUCCAUCUUCCCGGAGUUUCGAGUUCCAGAUUUCCCCUUAGAGUUCAAGGUAGACCGAGGAGAUGAAGACCGCAGUCACGGCACCAAGAAACCAACGCUUUCAUCUCAGAGCAUCGCAGCUCGGGAGAGAAGGAGAAGAAUUGCGGAAAAGACUCACGAGCUCACGAAACUCAUCCCAGGUGGUCAGAAACUCAACACAGCCGAGAUGUUCCAGGCCGCCGCUAAGUAUGUCAAGUUCUUGCAAAGCCAAGUUGGGAUUCUCCAAAUGAUGCAGACCGCAAAGAAGACGCAUACGUCUGAUGUGGAAAUAGAAACUCGUGUUUUGCUUGGAUCACAAGCAAUCCAGGAGAAGCUAUCAACGGAUGAAGUAUGUUUGGUUCCGUGUGAAAUGGUUCGGGAUCUAGCAAGUGAAGAAUCCAUUUGGAGAAACCCUAUGAUUUUUCGAGAGAUCAACAAGUUACUGUCUACAAAUCUGGCUAACUAGUUUUAAUGUCUCAAUGCCCAAAAUGCGUCUGUUCUUGCUUAUUUGUGUCGUUAGU